AUGCCGGGAAUCUCCAAGAAGCCGUCCUUCUCGCACCAGGACAGCGCGCCCUCGAGCCCGUCCAAGAAGACAGUGCGGUUGGCCGAGAAUCCGCACGUGUCGGCAUUCCUCUCGCCCAAGUCGCGCAUCUUUACCGGCGGACAUGGCUACCCUGGUCCCCCCGGUCCCAUGGCGCGCCAGAGCUAUGCAUCCGCCUCGGCUGUGCCCGAUGCAUUCUCGGUCAACGGCAAGCAGUUGACGCCCGACGAAGUCGCCCAAAAGAUCGCCUCCAUGCUCAAGCCCGGUCCGCCCUUCUUCAGCCGCGUCUCCAACGCAGACCUCAUCGACUUUAUCUCGGACGGCAGCAUUAUGAACUGCGACAAGCUUCGCGCGGCCGCAGCGGCGGUCGAGGAACGCAAGCAUGCCAACCGCGCCCUUACGGCCUUCGUCCCCUCGGGUACCGUCGUUCGUCGUCGUGCCGAGGAGGAACGCUGGACGGGUGUGGGCACGGUUUGGUCGUCGCUCGAAGGUCUGCCUGCCGGUGCAUCGUGGGGUCAAAUCCCCACUACCGGAUCCACCCUCAGCGUACGAUCCCAGUCGGGCGUCGAGGAUGACGGCAUGUGGAACGCCAUCACGCUCAGCUGCGAUCUUGACUGCACCACCGUCGAACUCGCCAAGAGCGUCGUAGUCCCCACCCAGGUGCUCCACAACAACCACUUUUUCAACGGAAACGCCGACUCGCUCUUCCAAGACAUCGGCGCCGGCAUCAAGUUCAAGUUCGACAGCCUCACCAGCAAGACCUCGCUGCGACACAAGCCGAGCUCGUCCAACCUGGGCGGAGGGUCCAAGAUCAUGCCGAGCUAUCUGUCGCUUUCCGCCUACACGGAUCCGAACAAUGCCUUCACCUCGUCGGCAUUCGAACUCAAGUGGCCCAGCUGGAUGCCGUGGGUCAAGAAAUCCACCAACCCCGAGACGGCUGCACCGGAGACACCGGUUGCAGGAGGCCAGAAACGUGUCUGGGUCCCCAGCUCGACCAAGAUCUCGAUCCACGCCUCGUGGUGGGGUUACAAUCUGUAUCUGCCACAGCCCGUGCUGGAUUCGCUAGACGGCGAUGUGGACGAGGCCGAAAAGGUGGCGAACCUGAUCAACAAGUGUCUGACCUACAUCCUCAACAAUGUCCCCGCCGGUCUGCCCAGUGCGUUUGGCGCGGUGAUCACCAUCCUCAAGGCCAUCGCUCCUACCACGGGCUAUAUUUCGACGUUCAUCGGUUGGAGUUGGGAUACCAUCAAGAGCUUCAACAAGGGUCAGGGCGUCGUAUUGAGUGCCACCUGGAUCCUGCCUGUCGCGCUCAUUCCUAGAGCUUGGGACGCUCCCACCAACCCCAACUCUGCAACUCCCACUCCCACCGAUCCUACCGCUACACCCACUACCCCAACUACACCGGCUGCACCGAGCGCGCCGGCUGCACCGGUCUCUGCCACUCCGGCUGGCGGUUCGGGUUCAGGCAUGCCGGUCACCGCUCAGGAUGUAACUGAUCCGGAGAGUGUUCCGCUUCCGGACCCAAACGUACCUGCUGUGCCCGCUCCAGGCGCUACGCUGCCACCCACCAACCCCAGCACGGUCAACGUCGACCUCUCGCCGCCUCCGGCCAACGACACCGCCAACGCCACCUACCCCGGCGAUGCACGCGGCCGCGGCGGAGACCCUUCCACCUCGGGCCCCAUGGGCAACACCCCCGCCCCCGCCAACCAAACCCCCAUCGACGCCGAGUCCUAA